UGAGUGUUUUCUACCGCCAGCCUGGGUGGACGUAUUCGAGGAGGUGGCUGCCGAGAUGCAGCAGAUCAAAGAGAAGAUGGCCCAGCUGACAAAGGCACAUUCGCGUGUGUUGAUGCCAACAUUCGAUGAGUUGAAUGGGCAUAAAGAAACUGUUGAGAAGCUGUCGACAGAGAUUACCCGGUUACUGAAGGAGGGAGAGCAAAAGCUAAAGCGGUUGUCAAUGGGAGAUCUGCACUCAGAAGAAAGAAGAAAUGUGCAGAGAUUGCUUGCAACGGAUUUGCAGCAGCUUUCAAUGGACUUCCGCGAACAGCAGAAGGCGUAUUUGCAGAGGCUUCGGCGACAGCAGGAGGGAUCAUUGGGAGGCAGCGCGAGUAUAGCUGUACGGCUGAGUGAGCGACCAAGAGUUGGGGAGGAUAGUUGUGUGGAAUCGGGAUUUUCAGAUUAUCGGCAGUUGAAGCUGAAAGAGGCAGAGGGUUUGGCACCGGAGAGAGAAAAGGAGAUUGUCCAGAUUAUGGAUUCUGUCAGUGAGUUAGCACAGAUCAUGAAGGACUUGUCAGUCCUUGUGAUUGAGCAGGGUACAAUAAUUGACCGAAUAGACUACAACAUGGAGAAUGUUGCCACACAAGUGGAAUCAGGUGUAAAACAACUUAGGCAGGCGGAGAGAAAGCAGAAGCAAAGCUCCAUGGCGAUGUGCAUAAUGGUUCGCAUUGUGCUUUGCCUUUUCAUGAUAGUGGUGUUGAUAAGAGAGACACCCUCGCAGCCUGCCGCUGUUGCCACCGCCGCUUCCCCAUGCGGCCCGGACGCACAGUCAGCUGCGCCCCUUUCUCCAGGACCUGCGCCGACUUACUCAGCUGUACCACAGGCCCCCGCUCCUCGAUCCCCUCGCCGCCACUACGGUGACACACCACUCAUCCGCUUGUCAGAUAUCGCCUUGUAUGACGGUACAGGCAUACGCGUGUCUCGGUGGCUGCAGUCGGCCACCCGCACACUCCAGCUCAUGGGCGCCACACCCGAGACGUGGGUGGGUCACCUCUCAACGCGCCUUCGUGGCGGUCCUUUCGAGGCCUGGGAGGAUUUCUAUGCCUACUCCCUUCGUGAGGGUCGGACUCCGACCUUCGUGGAUUUCCAGGUGUUCCUCGAGGAUCGCUUCGGAGCCCGAUACGACGUGACUGACGCCUUCGAGCGUGUCGUCACUACACGCUGGUCCGACUCUGGUGGCGCUGCCGGCCUGGAUCGCCACAUCCAGGUCUUUCAGGACGCCCGCCUCGAUUGCGACGUGGCGUUCCUCCCUGAGGCCGCCCUUAUCGAUCGUUUCUUGGCCAGCCCUCGGCUCGAGUACCGCUCCGAGCUAUGGCGGUACGAGUUCACAUCGGCCCCACAGGCUUACGAGGCCGCCAGGGAUCACCAGCGGAUGCGAGCUCGUCUUCACCCCGCCUCCUCCUCCCAGCCCCAGCGCACGGGCUACGCCUCCUCCUCCUCUCACGGUACUUCCCAGUGCCGUUCCCCUUUCCGCGGUCGCCCCCGCCGUUCCACGCAGCAGGGCCGCCACUUCUCGCGCCGCUUCAGCACGCUGGAGCAUGGUGAGCAGGACGCUGUUGCCCCACUGUCAUCUGAGGGCGACCACAGCGACGACCUCGAUCUCUGCGAGGCCGUCCACUAUCACUUGGAGGACUCUACUCUCCAUGCAGCUGAGCGCCUUCAGCUCGCGCUCUCUGCCCUCUCUCGGGCACGCAGCCGCCCCGGUCAUGCUGGCGCAUCGCCCCCCGAGGUCCCCCUCAGGAGGACCUCCCUGAGGGCUUCGUCCCUCCUUGUGGUGUCCUUUCCCCUGAGGAGCGCGCGGCUAUUCUGGGCCGGCGUGGGUGUUUCCGCUGCCGCUUAGACGCUCAUACCUCCUCGCGGUGCCCUUACACU